AUGACGAGGAGGAUGGCAGGAUUCGGCGAGGAAGAAAGUGGGAUCUCAGACAGUGAGAUCAUAGAGGGUUUUCUGCGGCCAAAGAUUGAAGGAGAAGCAGUGGCGAUUCCGGGAUUGAUAGUGGAAUUGGGGGAGGAGUUGUACACUCGAGAGCCAUGGCUCCUUCCGCAGACAGCCCAUCCCAUCCUUAACCCUCGAGAGUGGCUCUACUUGGGGAAUCCGAAUCGAAAUAAUUUCCCCGUUGAAGGAGUUGAUCACGAAGGGUGUUGGGUUCGCAUUGGAAGUGCCAUCUUGAUCCGAUCCGAGGAGACUGAUGAAAUAAUUGGGGGAACGUCGAGAUUCAGAUAUCGCUUCAGGAACAAGGGGGACAAACAUGCUCUGAGGUGGAGUAAUUGGUUCAUGAAAGAGUUUCGUCUCUUUAACCCAACCCCUCAUGUUAUUUGCAAGAUUACUGAAAAGCUGUCCUAA